UCUGAAGAGCUCACGACUGCGCGGAGAAGGGACGGGGAGGGGGGGAGAGAGUGGGAACGCGCCCGGAGAGCGCGCACAAGGGAGAAAAUGCAACCCCCCCACAAUAAAGAGCAAAGAUUGCAUUCAGCAGCGAGCAGCAAUGCAGAAAUAGAUGGCAGUCUCGUGUCAGUGAGUUUGCAUUCCCCCCCUUCUCUGGUCCAAGCGCUGGAGUCAGCAACAGAGCCCUUGAAGGCAAUUGCUUUUUACUACAAGUGGAGAAGUUCCCCCCUCUUGGUUGCCUGGCUGACGGCUCGCCUUGUACAUGUUUGGGUGCAUUUUUCCUUUCUUAUUGGGUUGUUGAUGGGGCUCUUUUCCUUUUUUCCCCCUUCCUUCCUCCACUCUUGUUCCUGCCUUGAUUUUUCCCCCUAUCUUUGAAAGUGUGACUACAAAUAUUCUCUGGUCUCUCUCUCUCUCAAACAAAAGCAAAACGAGAGAAAAGACAUCUGGAUUGAUUGCGCCUAAGACUCUUUCCCCCCCUCCUUUUUAAUGAACAGAACUAAAACCCCGUCACGAAAUUUCAAACACAAAUCUAAAAGGAAAAGGUCGUGGUUUGUUUUUUUGCUCAGCAGCAACAGCAGCAGCAGCAGCAGCAACAACAACAUGGAUGUGUUGGCUAGUUAUAGUAUAUUCCAGGAAUUGCAGCUUGUCCACGACACCGGGUACUUCUCAGCUUUGCCAUCCUUGGAGGAGAACUGGCAGCAGACAUGCCUUGAGCUGGAACGCUACCUUCAGACAGAGCCCAGGAAGAACUCAGAAAGUUUUGUGGAGGACCUGGACUGUUUUCUUCAUGCUUCUGCUCAAGGCACAGAAGAUAGCAUUCAGCCAUUGGACCCACUCUUAUUACCUGUAGAUAUGAGUACCUGUGACAAAAAUGCCAACAUGGACAUUAUUCUCUCAAGGGACAAACUAUUGUCUGAGACUUGUCUCAGCCUGCAACCUACCAGCUCCUCUACAGAGGGCUAUGCUGCUGUUAACCAGGCCCAACUCAACGCAGUGACCUCACUAACACCUCCUUCCUCUCCUGAACUCAGUCGCCAUCUUGGAAAAACCUCACAAACUAUCUCUGCAGUUGAUGGCACAGUUACACUGAAAUUAGUGACAAAGAAAUCCACCCUCAGCUCAGUAAAGGUUGGUGUAAUAGCACCAGCUAACACAACAAAGUGUGCACUCAGUGACAGUGAACAAGGAGGGUUAGGGGCUGACACAUCCCCGGAAAACAAGAAGAGGGUUCAUCGUUGUCAGUUUAAUGGGUGCCGUAAAGUAUAUACAAAGAGCUCACACUUAAAAGCGCACCAGAGGACUCACACAGGUGAGAAGCCUUACAAGUGUUCAUGGGAAGGGUGUGAAUGGCGUUUUGCACGAAGUGAUGAACUUACACGGCAUUACAGGAAGCACACGGGAGCAAAGCCCUUUAAGUGCAGCCAUUGUGACAGGUGUUUUUCAAGGUCUGAUCACCUUGCCCUCCAUAUGAAGAGGCACAUCUAAAUAAUAGGGAACAUACAGUGUGACCCGGAUGCAGUUAGACCAUAGCGUCAUGGGGAGAAGGGUGGAACCCAAUUGCCUGUCUCUUGCUACCUUCCAGAAGAAAAGAAUUUGAUCACAUGUAAACUUCUAUACACACAAUAUGCACUAAAUGCU